GAGAUGUGUGGAAUUGCGUUGAUUGUCUCAGGCAUUCGAAUUGACAUCUCAUCUUUGCUAUUCGAUUCAACACGCUCACCUCGUCAAACUGAGAGAUUGUUGUUCUCUUUAGAUGAUCUGAAAGCAGCUCUGCGAAGAAGGGGUCCUGAUAGCUUAGGUGCCAAGAAAGUUUUCCUGAAAUUCAAUGUCUCAGGGAAAAACCAAAUCUCAUCCUUCAUUGAAGAUGAUGAUGAUGUGUUAUGUUCUGGAAACAAAGUCAAUACUGGAGAAUGCGACAACAUAGAUGGCGAUGCGAAACUUCAUUUCAUUGGUUCAACUUUGCAGCUCAGAGGAAUUACUUCACUUGUUCAGCCCCUGGUGGAUCCAUCUGGAAAUAUUCUCGUGUAUAACGGUGAGAUUUUUGGAGGACUUCACCUUGCUAGUGAUUGCAACGAUGCUGAAUUUCUCAUGCAGACUCUAGGGAAGUGUUGCUCCUGUGGUUCUUGUUUAACUGAUCGAUGUGUUAAAAGCGGGGAAAGUUCUAUUCCAGAUGUUCUUUCUACAAUUAAAGGACCAUGGGCUAUCAUCUAUUGGCAGGAUAGUUCAAGGACCCUUUGGUUUGGCCGAGAUGCGUUUGGUAGGAGGAGCCUACUUGUUCACUGGCCUACAGAAGAUGACUCAACCUUUCUGCUUUCUUCUGUAUCGCCCGUUUCUCCGAUUCAGCAGGCUUCUGAGUGUGAAGCACAUAAUGGAAUAGGAUGUCUUAGUUACUGGGAAGAGCUACCAUGUGGAAUAUAUAGUGUGCAUGUAGAUGCUUCAAAUACGAAUGGAUAUCUGGUUGGUGAAGUCAAGAUACAUGAAUAUACAAACUCAAUGUUAAAUGAACUUAUCAAGUGGGAGAGAAUUUCCAUUGAACCCAACCCUGAAGACCUGCAGGCAUCCUGUCAUAAGUUUUCUGGGAGGCAACAUGAUCUGCAUUCAACUUCUUUAGAGGAAGUUUCAUGCGAAACAGGCUCAACUCAAUCUGCAAUGCCAAUGCCAGCUCAUAUUUUGCUAAAUGCUUUAAAGGAAUCUGUGUUACGGCGUACUUCAUUGUAUACUAUCUAUCAGGCGGUGGUAUCUGGUAUCAGGCAAGAGAAAUUUGUUCCUGUGGCAGUCCUUUUCUCUGGUGGCCUGGAUUCUAUGAUACUUGCAGCAUUAUUGGAUCAGUGCCUGGAUCCAAUUUAUGAAAUCGAUCUACUUAAUAUAAGCUUUGAUGGUCAGUUAGCUCCUGAUAGAAAAUCUGCAAAGGCAGGGUUGAAAGAACUAAAAAGAGUUGCACCUUCCAGAAGGUGGAAACUUGUGGAGAUUGAUGCUGACUUGUCAGACUUGGUGUUCGAAACUAGUCAUGUUAUGUCACUCAUAAAUCCUGCCAACACCUAUAUGGAUCUUAAUAUCGGAAUUGCUUUAUGGCUCGCAUCUGGUGGUGAUGGAUGGGUGUCUGAUGCAAAUACAGAUGAUAAUGAUGACAAUCAUGCACGGAUUAAGUACAAGUCCAAUGCAAGGAUUCUCCUUGUUGGUUCUGGUGCUGAUGAACAGUGUGCUGGGUACGGGAGACAUAAAACAAGUUAUAGACGAGGAAGUUGGCUGGGGCUACAUGAGGAAAUGAGACUCGAUAUGCAAAGAAUUUGGAAAAGAAAUUUAGGAAGAGAUGAUAGAUGUAUUGCUGAUAAUGGAAAGGAGGCUAGGUUUCCAUUCUUGGAUGAGGAUGUUAUAAGUGUUUUGCUCAAAAUUCCAUUGUGGGAGAUUGCCAACCUUGAUCAACCUAGUGGCGUUGGUGAUAAAAAGAUUUUAAGAGAGGUUGCAGAAUUGCUUGGUUUAUAUGAAGCAGCAGUUCUGCCAAAACGAGCAAUCCAGUUUGGUUCUAGAAUCGCAAGGGAAUCAAAUCGGAAGAAUUUUGGAAGUAAUCGAGCAGCAAAUCAGGCUUCUGCAGGCAGUGCAAGGAUUUAUAGGAAAUCCAAUUUUAGUUGAUUGUUAUUUAUUUAUUGGCAUGUUGGACGCAGUUUGUUUCUAAUCCAGAUCAUUGAAUAGACCUAGUUGUGGUAAUUUGACAUUUUUUUGGCCUUUAUACAUGGUUGACUAUUUGUU